AAAAGAAUGCGCUUCUCUAUUUGUCUCAUAUCUUUUCCGUGAUAUUUACUAUUGCAUUCUUAUCGAAAAUUCUUUAGCCACCCUAGCCCAUAUCCUAUUCACUUUCAUUAUCAAAACAAAGCUAUUGUCUUGCUUUACUCCCUCGUUUCCAAGUUCAUCCAUCUUCUUUCAACACCUGCACUGCAACAUCCAAUCCUCAACACAUUUUAAGUAGCACGCGCACUCCGAAGGGAUAUAUCUAGAUUUAGGUAAGUAAGGGUGGAAUUUCUGGUUUAACUUCAGGUAACUUUUCGAGCAAGAGAUGACUUCUGACUGUCCAUCCUCAUUACAGUUUCGCAGUCACAAACACGUCUCAGCUAAACAAACCAAAAGUCAAGACCUUUGUUGCAAUUUCCCAAUCGCAAAUAAAACCACAUAAACAAAAGCAAGAUGCCCUUAUCGUCCACCGAUCCCGACACCCCAUCUCCCGCCUCCAGACAGGGCAAACCUGAGCCUGGCACUGGUAAUGACACUGGCGCCAAUACCGAUAAGCCAAAGACAAUCCCCAUCAAAGUCGUCGAUCAGCAGGGCACCGAAAUUACCUUCAAGAUCAGGCGCAACAAACCUUUACAGAAGAUUAUCGAUGCCUAUUGUAGCCAUAAGGAAAUCAGGGACCAAAAGAUGGUGAGGUUUACUUUUGAUGGGGAUAGGGUUAAGACGAAUGAUACAGCAGACAGUUUGGAGAUGGAUGAGGAAGGCCGUAUUGAUGUUUUCUUGGAACAGCAAGGAGGUGGUCAUUGAUCUUGAAUAACAUGUGGAUGGGAUUUGAUAAGUAGGUUAGUUCAUUGAAGUAAAUUGCUGGAUGUAUUACUUAUGUUAUACUUGUUAUAGGAUAUACCUGAGACUUGAGGUUCAGCGGAGUUCGAGGCGCAAGGCACACGGCGCCAAGAAUAAGGAGUUUUGGGACACUUAGAAAGGACGCUUCAGAGGCAUGGUGGUGCAAUUUUCAGGGCUGGGUUCCAUUGGUAUGUUUCUCAUUCAAUGCAAAAAGUACGGAGAUAAUGGGUCAUACUCUCUCUGCGUAAUGGCGCAGACAUAUUUAAAUGUGUGCUUUCCACAAUACCUAAAUGACUCACGUACAAGGUGUCUACCAAAAUUCAGUUCCCAUGCGGAAGAGAUUUAAU